AAGUUGGUGUUCCUUGGCUUAUAUCAGUAGCUGUCUGUUAAACCACAAGUUCCUGUUCACGUCUUCACCAGUUCCUGCUUCUUCUGAGAUCCUCGAAUAUUUCCUUAUAAGGUAGUAAAACUGACUUUCCUCUCCAGCAGUCUAUAUAAUGAUUUGUGAGACGGAGAACGGAAGGAGACUACAGACACCGAUGUGUCUCUGGGGUUACUAUUCACAGAAUAAGAUCUUAUAAAACAUGUAAAGAAGGUUUUCUGUAAGAUCUGAUCUCGGUGUGAAUACUCGGGAGAGAAGUGCCGAUCAUUACAACCGUUGCCUGGAGGGGAAGGAGAGACGUGAGGGUUGGUGGAACCCGGACUGCAGAGUCCUGGAAGCCGGUGCUUGGAUGUAAUGUGUGGAUUGAUGAACCAAGUUUUCAGUCAUGUUGAUUCUCAUACAACUAAGUCACAUGAGAAAUGAGCAAUACGGGUGUCCUAAACGACUGAAAGUCUUUAUUUCAGUUCACUAGAGGAUUCGCCCAAGACAUAUCCGUGUUCUAAAACUCGAUCUUCAACAUUGAUCCCGCCUCAGAGGACAACAGGAGAGAAGUCAUUUCAGUGUUCUGGAAGUGACAAUGGCUUUACAGUAAAGUCCAACCCAUGUAUACAUAAGAGGGGUCUUUUCCAGCUAUUUUGUUUGGAUUUUGACAAAAGAUUUUACAAUGGAGGCAAAGCGUAUCACAAACCAGAAGGUUCACACCGAAGAGAAACCUUUUCAAUGUGCAGAAUGUGGCAAAGCUUUUAAACAGAAGUCCAUUCUUAUCAGACACAACAAGGUUCACACUGGAGAAAAGCCAUAUCAGUGUUCUGAAUGUGACAAAGCUUUUAAACAGAAGUCCGUUCUUAUCGGACACAAGAAGGUUCACACUGGAGAAAAGCCAUAUCAGUGUUCUGAAUGUGACAAAGCUUUUAAAACAAAGUCACAUCUUUUAAGACACAAGAUGAUUCACCGUGGAGAGAGGCCAUAUCAGUGUUCCGAAUGUGAUAAAGCUUUUAGAAACAACGGAGAACUUAUCAUGCACUUGAGGGUUCACACUGGAGAGAAGCCAUAUCAAUGUUCUGAAUGUGAUAAAGCUUUUGCAUGGAAGGAUAACCUCUAUGUACACAAGAGGAUUCACACCGGAGAGAAACCAUAUAAGUGCUCCGAAUGUGAUAAAGCUUUUACAGUCAUUGGAGAACUUUCCAGACAUAAAAUGAUUCACUCCGGAGACAAGCCAUAUCAGUGUUCCGAAUGUGAUAAAGCUUUUGCAGUCAAAAGAGGGCUUAUCAGACACCAGAGGAUUCACAUUGAAGAAAAACCAUAUCCAUGUUCUGAAUGUGACAAAGGUUUUACACAGAAGGCACACCUUAUCAGACACCAACAUUUUCACACUGGAGAGAGGCCGUAUCAAUGCUCUGAAUGUGAUAAAGCUUUUACAAGGAGGGAAUUUCUUAUCAUACACGAAAGGAUUCACACUGGUGAGAAGGCAUAUCAAUGUUCUGAAUGUGGAAAAACUUUUGCACAUAGGGAAAAUCUUAACAGACACCGGAAGAUUCACACUGGAGAGAAGCCAUAUCAAUGUUCUGAAUGUAAUAAAGCUUUUACAGUGAAGGCAGAGCUUAAUAUGCACCAGGUAAUUCACACAGGAGAGAAGCCAUACCGGUGUUCUGAAUGUGACAAAGCAUUUGCAAGGAAGGAAUACCUUUCCAUACAUAAAAGGAUUCACACUGGCGAGAAAGCAUAUCAAUGUCCUGAAUGUGGAAGAAUGUUUGCACAUAAGGAAAGCCUUAUCCCACACCAGAGGAUUCACACUGGAGAGAAGCCAUAUCCGUGUUCAGAAUGUGAGAAAGCUUUUAAAACAAAGUCGUGCCUUAUCAUACACCAGAGGAUUCACAAUAGAGAGAAGCCACAUCAUUGUUCUGAAUGUGACAAAACUUUUACACAGAAAGUUCAUCUUAUUAGACACACGUUGACUCACACUGGAGAGAAGCCAUAUCAGUGUCCUGAAUGUGACAAAGGUUAUACAGUUAAAGCAGGGCUAAUAAAACACCAGAGGAUUCACAAACUUCAGCUGCAGAAAGGAAACUCUGGAAGAAGGGGGAAGGUUAAAGGGGUAACGGCUAAGCCACAAUGAAAGAGUUGUGUGUCUCAUCAGUUUCAUAUCUCAUGUCAUCUUGUAAGCUAGUAAAUGAGGCAAAGGUAUAAUGCUACUUUAAAAAACAAACUAAAAUCUGUAAGAAAACAGGAAUAUAUCAAUAUUAGCACUGGGUUUAGUGCUUAUGUCCAUCAGACUGAACUCCGUUUCCUUAUGUUUUUCAUCUUUUUUUUAUCUUUUUUUAUGGAGCUUUGACUGAACAUGUAAUGCAUUUGUAUCAUUUGCUAACUGAGCCGUGUUCCCAAAUGUUUUUCUCAUUGUCAGAUCCUGAGCUGAAACCUUAAGAAUUCCCCAGUGCCAGAGACUGGGUAGCAGUCAAGAGGCAUCUUGCUAAGCCUCUGAAGCCUCAGUGGGAGAGUACUUUCCAGGUUCUGCUGACUAUUGCUACACAGUGAAACCUCGGAUUGCGAGUAACGCGUUAAUGAGCGUUUCGCAAUACGAGGAUUUUUUUUAAAUCCUGACUCGGUUUGUUAGUGUUGUCUUGCAAAACAAACAGGAUUUAAGCCAGUGGUGUGCAGCACCGCAUUUGGCCUGAGGUACGGGGGCACCGGAGCUGAGCAGAGCCGUUCGGAAAUACUCAGAAAAACAUGGAAAUACUCAGUUUCCGAGUCUUUCCAAGUUCAGCUGGGCUGUCCCUGAGCCUCGGAAAUACUCGGAAAGGCUCUCCGGUGCCCCCCACCUCUGGUCACAUGCGGUACACAUGCGGUAUUGCA